CCUGCGCUCCUGUCAUGCACGCGGCUGGAAGAAGAAAUUGCUGGAGAGAUCAGCCGGACAGACAGAGCCUUCAUGAUACUGCCCACAUCACACGCAUUUCCUCAACGAAGUCGCCGAGAACACGCACCGCGCAACGCGCAAGACAUAAAGGAAAUCCUCUUUUAUUGCCCUUCAUAAAAGCCCCAGUGUCAUUUAGUGAGAGAUGCCGCCAAGGACCGGACUUUUGCUGCUCGCCGUGCUCAUCGCCUCCGCGUAUGAACUGGAUCAGAACGAAUCCUACUCGCCCAGGAGAGCACGCUUCUCCCACAACAGCCCCUCGGAUGUGACGCGCUGCUUGAACAGUGCGCUCCAGGUGGGUUGCAGUGCCUUCGCCUGUCUUGAAAACUCAACGUGUGACACAGAUGGCAUGCACGACAUCUGCAAGUCCUUUCUCUACAGUGCUGCUAAAUUCGACACUCAGGGCAAGGCUUUUGUGAAAGAAAGCUUGAAGUGCAUCGCCAAUGGCAUCACUUCCAAGAUCUUUCUAACAGUCAGAAGGUGUUCCACCUUCCAGAGGAUGAUUUCAGAGGUUCAAGAUGAGUGUUACAGCAAGCAGGAUAUUUGUACAGUGGCCAAAUCAAACCCAGAAGCCAUUGCAGAGGUGGCUCAGCUUCCCAGCCACUUCCCCAACAGGUUUUAUGGGAAACUACUGCAGAGUUUGAUGGAGUGUGACGAUGAGACGGUGGACCUGGUGAGGGCAAAUCUGUUGACCCGGUUAGGGCCCGAGAUCACCAUGCUCUUCCAAUUACUGCAGAACAAGCCGUGUCCGUCUGCUGCAGUACCUACUGGAAUGGAGACCCGUGGUGGGUGGCGGUGGUCUGUCAGUCCCAAUGGAUUCAAGAACCAGCCAAAUCUACGCAACAGAGAUGCCUCGAACCUCUUGGGCAAGAAACGCAACAUUGGUGACAGCUCUUAAACUUCAGACCAAUUUGUCAGGCCAAACUUAGCCAUCGAGCACACAUACACAAACGCAAUUGAAAACACACACACACACACACAUAAAAAAAAAAAAAAAAAAAAGCAAGACAAAA